GAUACAGUAAUCAUCAGUGAGUGUCAGUCAGCCAAGCCAAUGUUAUAGUCGUUCGUUUGUUUGUUGUCCGUGUCCAUUUCAUAUAAAUAAAUACUUUUCGAUCCUUGAUUAACCUUGAGAUUGGCACAUACCAACCAGCAAAAAAUAUCAUCAUUUAUUCAUUCAUUCGAAAACUAAACAAACAACGGAUUCCGAACGGAUAAUAUCGUAUGUCCAAAAAAAAGAUAAAAUAAUCAAUCUGUCGAACGAUAAUCAUCACCGGCAUUAUUGAUGAUGAUAACCUAGAAAAAACUGGUUUUAAUUUUCGAAUGACGAUCUUUCAUUGCUGAUAAAAUUUCAUUUGAUUCAUCUACACAAACAAACACAAAAAAUGAAUAAAUUUUUCAUUUUGAUUAUUGUUUUGUUUUUAAACUUUGGAAAAGGUCGAUUGGAAAUUAUUCUGGAAAGAUGUUUACCAAAAGCGGAUAUGGAAAAUAUUUCGAUAAAAUGUUCAUCGAACGAAGUGAUUGCUAUUCGUGAAGCAUUUUUUACAUCAUCUAUGGUUGAUCAAUGUCGAUUUAUUGCCAAUGAUGAUGAUAAUAAAACAUCAAUGCAAAAGAUAAAUAGUCAACAACAACAACAAUCAUGUACCGAUGAUCUUCGUUUAACUUUAAAUUCAAAAUGUUCUGGUCAUCAAGCUUGUCGAGUAAAUCUUCGAAAAUCACACAAUAAUCAAUGUUCAGGUUAUGAUGGAUGGAUUAAUCUCAAAUAUAUUUGUGUUCCAAAAAUAAAAAUGAAUUCAUAUUGUAAUAUUAAACUAACGGAUAGUUUUGGUUAUGUAUCGAAUCCUGGUUAUCCAAAAUUUUAUCCACCAUAUGAUUGUAAAUGGAAAAUAAUUGGCUAUCCAGGUCAACGUAUACAGAUCGAAAUACUUGACCUGUCAUUGAAGGAACCAAGAUUUACAAGUAAUAAAAAACUAUUGAAUAAUUAUGAAUGUACAGAUAAUUUAGCCAUUAUUGAUCAAAAUAUACGGCGAAUAAUUUUAUGCGGUGAAUUAAAAUCCAAUCUAAUUGAAUAUCGUAGUAAAAGUAAUGAACUAGUCAUUGAUUUUCGUAGUUUUGAAUUUUCACCAACACGUGGAAUAUUUUUUCGUUAUACAAUGAUUGAUUGUCCAACAUUAAGACCACCAUCGAAUGGCUAUAUGUAUCGUAAUCAAUCAUAUGCUUAUUAUAAUUGUUAUUUUAAUUAUGUUUUCGAGGAUACUGGUCAAACAUCAAAAAUAUUAUUCUGUGAAUAUGAAACAUAUUGGAAUGGAACCGUUACACGUUGUAUUGCUAAAGAAAAUACAACAAACGAAAUCGAUGCGAAUGAUGAUGGUGAUGAUAAUGGCGACGAUGAUGAACCAAUAGAAAAAGCAUACGCAUUAAGUCAUCAACGAAAUGAUUUGAUAAAAUAUGACCAAAUCAAUAAUCAUCCAACACCACAAAUCAUUACAAAAAUUGAUGAUUUUCUGACCAAUCCAUUAACAUUCAUAAUCAUCGGUAUCAUUUCAUUAAGUAUCAUAAUAAUUAUAAUAGCAAUAAUAAUUCAUUCGAAUUAUCGUUAUGGUUCUACUGACAUAUCUAUUUGACCACCACCAGCACCUCUUUAAUUAUUUUCAAUUCAUUUUCUUUGAUAAGAAGCCAUCAGCCAAAGAUGAUGAUGAAGAAAUGGAACAUGAUGAAUAUAGUUUUUCUGUGAU